CUAUUUUAUUUCUUAGCAAACCAUUGAGAACCUUAAACCCUUGCACCUCCCGCUCACUUGAAGUGCUUCCACCUUCGCGCAUUCACUUCGGUUCCCUCGCUUUUAGCCGUUCAGUGCUGCCGCCGCUGUUUCUCUCCCGCUCAAGGGCACUCAGCCAAAUUGCCCUUGCCUCUCAGACCUCUCCCGGUGCCUCCUUGCCAGAGCUAUGGCGAACGACCAAGACAUGAGUGGCUGGACUGAUCUGCUUCACUCUUCUACGAAGCUCCUCGAACAAGCUGCUCCAUCAGCGCAGUUCCCUCCUCUCCAGAGGAACUUAGAUCAGUUGGAAGUGUUAUCUAAAAAACUCAAGGCAAAGACCUUGAGAACUGAGGCGCCUACUCAAUCUAUUGCUGCUACAAGGUUACUUGCACGUGAGGGAAUAAAUGCGGAGCAACUUGCUCGAGAUUUGAAGUCUUUUGAACUAAAGACUACUUUUGAGGACGUAUUUCCUGCGGAGGCAACUAGUAUUGAAGAAUACUUGCAACAGGUCCAUGAAAUGGCAAUGAUCUCGGCCAUACAGGAGGCGCAGAAGGACAAUGUCAGAAGUUUUAAUGGUUACAUGAUGAAAGUUUUAGAGGAGGAUUGGAAAAAGGAAAAACGUGAUUUCCUUCAGAGUUUAAGCCGAAUAUCUACAUUACCCAGGACUGAUAUGAUUGAUGAUAAUAGUGGGGCUCCAAGGUUGGGUCAAAUUGCCUCCUUUGUAUCCAGUCCUCAUGUUUCAUCUGGUUUUCCCACUCUGGAGUCUGCAUCUCUAGCCAACAAGCCUACUAUGGAGAAAAAAGCAUCAACAUAUGCUGAAGUAGUGAAGAACAUGAACGAUGCCAGGGAACGUGGAUUACCAUUUAAACCUGCUGUAGCUUUCAAAGGCGCUUAUGAAAGUUUAGAUCUCCAUGGAUCUGCUGGGAAGUCAGUUAACAUGCAAAAGAUUUGGCAUCUUAUUCAAACAUUAAUGGGUGAGGACUCAACUCCAAAACAAAAUGUUUCAAAAACAAUGUCACUAAUACUUGGGGCCAGGCGCCAUCUAGAGUUGGGACAUGAGAAAUAUAUGAUGGAUACAAUACAAAGCCAUCCUGCACAGGCUGCCCUUGGUGGUGUCGUUGGAAAUCUUCAAAGAGUUCGGGCCUUCCUUCGGAUUCGCUUGAGAGACUAUGGAGUUCUAGAUUUUGAUGCCAAUGAUGCACGUAGACAGCCUCCUGUUGAUACUACUUGGCAACAGAUUUACUUCUGCUUGAGAACUGGAUAUUACGACGAAGCCAGAAACAUUUCACUGUCGUCUCGUGCAUCAAAUCAGUUUGCUCCUCUGCUUACAGAAUGGAUUAAUACUGGGGGUAUGGUACCAGCAGAGAUCGCAAGUGUUGCAUCAGAAGAAUGUGAGAAGUUGUUAAGAAUGGGAGAUAGGAUGGGCCGAGCUGCAUAUGAUAAAAAAAAGUUGUUGUUAUAUGCUAUUAUUUCAGGUUCUCGCCGGCAUAUUGACCGUUUGUUGAGAGAUCUUCCAACGCUGUUUAAUACAAUAGAGGAUUUUCUAUGGUUUCAGUUGUCAGCUGUACGUAACAGCCAUGGGGAAUCCUCAUCUAUUGUUCUGAAUGAAGGCUCGGUACCUUACACUUUGGAUGAUUUGCAGUUUUACCUCAACAAAUUUGAACCGUCAUAUUAUACAAAAAAUGGGAAAGACCCCCUGGUAUAUCCAUAUGUUCUGCUUUUAAGUAUCCAGUUGCUGCCUGCGGUCUUGUAUUUGUCAAAGGAAACAGGAGAAGAAGGAUUAAAUAUUGAUGCUGCCCACAUAUCAAUUGUGCUUGCGGACCAUGGAGUACUUUCAGAAGGAUCAGGGGCUGGACAAAAAUUGGGUGUGAUGGAUGCUUAUGCUGAGGUAUCUAGCAUAAUUAGGCAGUAUGGUUCUCUAUAUUUAAGAAUGGGUAAUUUAUCUAUGGCACUAGAGUACUAUGCCCAGGCUGCUGCAGCCGUGGGGGGUGGACAGUUGGCAUGGUCUAGCAGGGGUAGUGUGGAUCAGCAGCGGCAGAGAACUUUGAUGCUGAAGCAACUUCUAACUGAGCUGUUGUUACGUGAUGGAGGCAUCUAUCUCUUGCUUGGUGCAAGAGGUGCUGGAGAAGAAGGUGAAUUAGUACGUUUUAUGACUGACAUUAAAUCAAGGCAACAGUUUCUACUGGAAGCUGCUCGACAGUGUCAGGAAGCUGGGCUUUAUGACAAGUCAAUAGAGAUUCACAAGAGAGUUGGGGCAUUUUCAAUGGCACUGGAUACAAUUAAUAGGUGUCUCUCUGAAGCAAUCUGUGCGCUGUCACGUGGUAGAUUGGAUGGGGAAAGCCGGACUGCUGGCCUUAUUCAUUCAGGCAAUGACAUUUUGGAAACAUACAAAUAUUAUCCUGAAAUCAGCCUUCAGGAAAGAGAAUAUGUCAUGGAGCAACAGACCGUGUUAAGACAACUUGAGGCAGUUCUUUCAAUCCACAAGUUGGCCAGAUUGGGUCAUCAUCUAGAUGCUCUAAGGGAGAUUGCUAGAAUUCCAUUUCUUCCAUUGGAUCCACGAGGGCCUGAUAUGACUUCUGAUGUAUUUCAAAACUUAUCUCCUCACAUUCAAGGCUGUGUACCAGAUCUUUUGAAGAUUGCACUUGCGUGUCUGGACAAUGUGAAAGAUUCUGAUGGAUCUCUUCGUGCCUUGAGGGCCAAGAUUGCAAACUUCGUAGCAAAUAAUUUAAACAGGAACUGGCCUCACGAUUUGUAUGAAAAAGUUGCUCAAACCUUGUGAAAGCAUGUGGACUUCAGCAUUAGAAGGGCUAGCCAUGAAAAUGAAACUCUGCAAAGAUCCGAGCAAUGGGAAAUUUAGCAUAGUUUUAGGCUUGUUGCUUUGUGAAGCAGUACAAAAGAAGAAGGAAAAUGAAGUUGAGGAAUGUUGCGCAGUUUUUGUUUCACCAAUCGGAAGACUAAUUGUAAGUUUACAUUAUCAUUCCCAAAUUUUCAUUUUCCUUCCGUUUCCUUCCGUGCCUUUUUAUUAUGCUUGUUGCAAGAGCUAUAAGCAAAAGAGGUGGUAAAAUGGGGCUAAAUUUAGGGUUUAUAUCUGCUCAAAUCUGCUGUGAAUCAGUUUUUAUUUUGGAAUAUUAUGCAAAGAACUAUUUUACUGAUUGGAGGUAUAGAGAGCUUAUCUA